AUGAUACUCCUGAUAGCUACUUUCUUUCCACCCGUGAUUGUUGCUCUUCUUAACAGAGGAGUAUUUAGUCCUGCCGCUAAAGCCCGUUCACCCAAAACAUGUCCCGCAAAUGAUGAUACUGGAAUGGGUGGGUGGAGAGAAUACACACCUGCAAGUUUUUGUAAUGGUGGUCAACCUGUUAAUAAUUCCUUCUGGCACGCCUUUGAUACCCUUCUAGUUAUUAAGAUAUCACUAGUCGCAGCAAUACUGUGGACCAUAGCCUAUUACAAAGGUGAAGAAGCUAAGGAUGGCUUCCCACCAUCUGAUGAUAAUCAAAGAGUUUGCAAAAUACUCAAAUUGGAAGCUGAUACUGCUACUGCUACUGCUACUGCUCUAACAUACUCUAUAGAACAAGACUUUGCUGAAAGCCAUGCCGAUGAUAAGUGUGAUUUUAAGAAUUCUGUUGGGUAUUUGGCUCACCUUAUACCGCCAAGUCUUAUGGUUCUUGUUGGUAUGGGACUUCAACUUCCAAACCUUACCAUAGUAACAACAGUGAGUAGUUUUGUGUUUAUCAUGGAACUCCUUUUCAUAGUACUUGACAGGUGCAAGAUUAACACCGGAGAGAGUUGCACUACUUGGACCGAUGCUGAGUUUGCUACUCCCGGUGAGACCACCAGAGAGUUCAACAGUAGUAGGAUUAGCGGUGAUAUCGGUAUUGAUGUUUCCUGUGAGUGUGAUUUUGUCAUUGUUGUUGAGCUGAGUAUCGGUCUUGAUAGGUUUGCCAUUAAGAUUGAGGGUAGGAUUUCCAGUGAAACUUCCAGUAGAUAUGUUGAGAGUCUCACCAGCAUCACCUUUGAGAUUAUCGAGAUUAGGGAUAGUUUUGGAAGCAGUGGUUUCGAGCUUGGCAGUGGCCCUAGUGGUACCUUGACUAAUGGUGAUCUCAGUGUCAUUGAGUUUGAAUUUGACAGUGACACUGUUUCCGAGAGUUAUAGGUGUGGGAAACUUAUAGGUUGGACCAACGACAACGGAGUUAAUCUCAAAAACCCCGGCGGCGACCUCAAACCUCCCAGACGAGCAAAAUUUUAUACUAUUAUCAUUCCUUCCAUAGUUUCUCAGUGGUUAAAUUUCUUCACCUAUGUAAUUCUGCUGAUAGUUUUUGUAACCGGUGGUGAGAAACUUAGGAAACUCGCAAAGGAUCUGCAUAAUGCAGCCAAUGAACUACACAGUGCAGCUCCUGGUCAAGAUAGUCAAUCCCCUAAAAAGGAAGCUAAAGAGCUAAAAGAAGCUGUCGGCGAUAGUGAAGACACUUCUGGUAAACUUCGAUACGCACUCCGACAACUUGCUACUGCUGGUGGUACUAAUCUACCUGCUAAGGCCCAAGCUGUCAGAAGUCAAUACGGAGAAUUUGGCAAAUACGCUAUUGGCGGUGGACACCAAGUAAGAGCACUCAUAGAUGCCAAGAAAUAUGAUAUCCAAAGCGAUGCCGCUCAACCUGGACUCAAGGAGAAAGCCGGACAACUAGAGUCUAAGGCCAAAGAACUUCAAUCCACUGCUAGUGGUGCUGAAGUCAGUACUGCAGCCGAAGAACUAAAGAAUAAGGCCGGAACACUUAAUGGUGCAGCCACCACACUAGCUAGUGCUGGUGGUAAACUUAAAGAACUUCAAUCUCAUGCCGAAGCCCUUAAGGAUGCAGCCGGCAAGCAAAAUACUGGUGGUGAUAGUCUAUAUGCCAAAGCAAAUGAACUAGCCAAAGGUACUCCUACUGAUCAUGAUAAGGCCAUUGCAGUAAUAAAUGCAUUCAAAAAGGUCAAGAUCGCAUACGAUAAACUGGAAAAAGAACCGAAAUAUAAAGAAAUUAAAGAUAAACUAGCCAUAGCAACAUCAUCACUAACUCAAGAACAACAAAAGGUCCAGAACGUUGAAGGUGCCUGGACCCAGGUCAAGGCACAGUUCGAAGCACUUUGUAAGGCACUCAUCAAGGAGUUUGCAACUCUGGUCGCCACAAACACCAGAGAUCUAGCCAGCAACAGUGGUACUCAGGCUUCUACUCAUGCCAACAAUGUAAUAAGCAAUUUCGACGUAGUUGAGAGGGCAUACAAAGAACUAGAUGAUAAGUCAAGUUUAGAGUCCGAAUUUAAUGCACUAAAACUAAUCUAUGAGAGAAUUCUAAACCUUACUAAACUUAUAAAACUGGCCAACGAUCUCCAACAAGCUGCUCAGAGUGGUGGUACACUUCAAGGUCCAGCCCAAGAACUAGUCACUAAAGUCACAGCUCUACGUGAUGGUAAUGCAAAUCAGGCCCAUGAAAAUGCCAAAACUGUUAUACAAAACUACGAAAAAAUCGUUACAGAAUACAACAAUCUAACUGAAGAUGAUAAGGGUAGUGUCAAAGAGAAGUUCUUGGCUCUUAAGAAUGUCUAUGACAAAAUACUGAACGUUACCAAGAUGAAACAACAAAAAUUAAAGCAGCAGCUGGUGAAAGAUCCUGGUACUGCUACUGCUGCCGCCAGAGUGCUCAAGGCUAAGGCUGGUACAGGCCCACAUGAAACGGGUAAACUUAGAAAACUCGCCAGAUUACUCUAUGAAGCAGCCAAUACGCUAGCCGGUGCAGUUAAAGCUGGUAAUGUACAAGAUAGUAAUGCUGCCAAUGAACUUGCCACUGCCGUCGGUGCUAAUGAAACAGGAGGUUCAUUUCGUGAGAAACUCAAAGAUCUUUAUGAUCAAACUCAGGAUGAUGAACUAAAACAGAAGGCCACAAAGGUUAAAGAUGCAUACGACAAUGGCAGUAGUGGCGUCCUAAAAAAAUUCAAUGAUGUUGUGGAACAAGAAUCUAAAUAUAAAGAGGCCGGUAAAGAACCUCUGUAUAAAGCAGUUGUAUCUGCAAUGACCGAAUUCGACAAUGUUUAUAAGCCUGAAGAACUACUCAAGGAUGCUGUCGAUUCUCUCCAAGAGGCCCUCACAGCACUUGCUGAAGCUAAUAUUCUUCAUCUACAUAGUAGGGCAGAGGUCGUCAAAGAAAAGUUCGAAGGUUUUGGAACUGUCAAAAGUAAAUUCGAGUUGGUCCAGAAACAAGUAGCCGCAUACGAUGCUGGUGGUAUUAAAGCAUCCCACUACGACCCAGUUAAGACGGACUUGGAGGCUUUCCAGACUGACUAUAGAGAUGCCAUAUAUCCUCCCAAGUUCAACUCAAUUGUUGUUCCUUCCAUCAUUAGUAUUCUGUCAGUCUGGUCUCCUAAAACCGAAUUCCUCCUAUAUCCAGGAUCAUUUAAGUUCGGCGGCUGGACAGAAUACAAGGCAAACGACAUCAGCAGCGGACCAGUCAAGGAGGGUGAUCAUGUUUAUGAUUGGAUUUGCACUUCUUUGAUAUUAUUAAUUAGGUACCAUCAUUUAUGCAUUAUUUUGGUUUUCUGA